GCUUUAGCUGGCAGAGAUUACCAAUAAAGUCAUGCAGCGGAUCAGUUUUUGUUUCGAACAGGGAUGUAAUAUAACCUGACGUGUUUCUUUAUUUCAGGGUUCUGAGGGAAGAGCUGUCAAGUUCUGAGCCUACAGUCAUCUGAAUUUCCAGUGUUGAAGAAUAUGCAUCAUUAAAUGCGAAGUAAAUCGUCUCUGGGCAGUGCCACACGCAGAAUGAUGUGUUUGCUUCGUCCAGUCAUGCGCCAAUGGAAAUGAAAAACUUUAUAAUGUCACCUGUCUUAUUUAUGGACCCAUUCCACCUCAUGCUCUGGAGACUUUGACCCUAAAAGUGCCGGAGAAAGCUGCCUUUUUGGGGUGUCCACUUUUCUUUCCCAAUUUAUUUAUUUUCUUCAUAAAAACAAACCACUUUUUCAUUUUGUAAAAAUGGGCCCUUUUAUAUCUCCUUUCAAUAAUCUGCUGUGCAUGCUGUUGGGCAUCUCUUUCACUGUCUGGUUCACGCUGCUCUUGGUCUUCAUCAUUGUUCCUGCCAUUUUCGGUCUGUCCUUCGGUAUCCGCGGCCUCUACAUGAAGACGCUGCUCAAGGUGUUUAAGUGGGCCACAGUGAGGAUGGAAAGAGGAGCCAAGGAGAAGAACCAUCUACUGUACAAGCCUUACAGUCUUAAUGGCAUUAUUGCUAAAGAACCUACAUCGCUGGAAGAGGAGCUCAAAGAGAUUCGGCGAAACGGCAGCAGCCGAGAUUUGGAUGGCUCCGCCUCCUCUACCACCACAGGCCCCUCCCCUUCCACAUCAGAGUUUGAAAUGUCAGACACCUUCUACUUCUGCCGCCGUGGGAUUGAAAGCAUCGUAGACGACGAGGUUACUAAACGUUUCACGGCAGAGGAGCUUGAGUCGUGGAACUUGCUGACCAGGAGCAACUAUAACUUCCAGCACAUUAGCACCAGACUGACAGUGCUGUGGGGUCUCGGCGUUGUCAUCCGUUAUGGGUUCCUGCUGCCCCUCAGGUUAACAUUAGCAAUCACAGGAGUGAGCCUAUUGGUUGUCUUCACCACCAUGAUUGGUUUUCUGCCCAAUGGGAGGGUGAAAAAUGUUCUCAGUGAGAAAGUGCACCUGAUGUGUUACCGUAUUUGUGUGAGAGCACUGACUGCUAUCAUCACAUACCAUCACAGGUAAGAAGCGUCACAGGUGUGUGGAAGAACAUACGCACGCUUACUGGAAAUUUCCAAACAUCUGAAGCCUUGGCAUUUUGGGUCAUUGUGCAAUCUGAAAUCGCACGUUCACAAU